AUCAACAGCAGCAGUCUCUCUGACUGUUCUCUAUUAUUAACACAAUUUAAAUGAGAACAUGUUCUUCCUCAUGCAGUGAACAUUAACCCUUUGUGUUUUGUUGUUUUGACGUGUAAACUCUCAUCUCGUCGUGAGGAGAAGUGGAGGUCCUGUAGAUUCAAAGGUGUUAUUUAAUCAGUUAACGUGUUGUAAGAGCUGAAAACAGUCCUGGUAGUUUAACUGUAAACUUCUUUACCUUUGCAGCUGUUCAGGUGAAUAACUGUUUCCUCCCUGCUGACGUUGUUCCAAACAGAACACUUCAAGUUUCCUGUCAGCUGACCGGGAGAUCAUGACCUGCUGCAGCUUACCUUUUAAAGGACAUGGAAUCCGUCAUCAGUGGCUCUGCCCGGCCUCCUCUACAGCCCCCUCUUGUGAACACUUCAAGUUUCCUGUCAGCUGACCAGGAGAUCAUGACCUGCUGCAGCUUACCUUUUAAAGGACAUGGAAUCCGUCAUCAGUGGCUCUGCCCGGCCUGCUCUACAGCCCCCUCUUGUGUUUAUCACAAAAAUGACAUCAGCAACACAGGAAGAGAUUUCAACGACCACCCUGAGUGGAAAAUCACCCGUCAGUCUGAAAUAACUUUGAAGACAUCACACGACUGUGAAGGCACAAGUGACAAUAAAGAAUCUGAGAGCGGUGAAAGAAAGAAGAACAGAAUGACGUCCAUCUACCUGAUCAUCAUGGCUCUGGCAACGACUGCUCUAGUUCAAGGCUCUAUUGAAUGCACUUUCUCUGAAGAGCCUGGAACUCAGCAGUGCUCUGGAGCCGUGGGACAAAUAUUAAGAUUUCAUCUGAGAAACACAGCAGACACUGACUUAAAGCUGAGGAAAGACAACCAAGUUAUCAUCUUAACAAUAAAGAAAAAUAAGAUAGCCGUUCAGAAUAAGGAAUAUGCCGGUGAUGCUAAACUCCUCUCUAAUGGAUCAUUCAUUCUGGGAACAGCAUCUAAGAAUCACUCUGGAGAUUACACGUUGGAGGAACACAACUCAGACGGGGUUUUAAAAAGUAAAGUGAACCUGCACCUAUUUAUUCAAGCUCCAGUCUCAAAGCCAGCUGUGUCUCAGGUGUGUUCAUCAGCAGAGCAGAUGAGCAUCAACUGCUCCUCUGAAGGAGAGGAAGUACAGUUUAUUUUUACUUUGGGCAGUGUGAAACUCGUGCAGAUGAGAGACCAAAGUCAGUUCCUGUAUACCGGGGCAGCAAACAUGGAGGUGACAAAAAGUGAACAAGACCUGCACUUUGUCUCCAUCAGCUUACCUGGUCAGCUGACAGGAAACUUGAAGUGUUCUGUUUGGAACAACGUCAGCAGGGAGGAAACAGUUAUUCACCUGAACAGCUGCAAAGAUCUUCAAUCAUCCCCCCCUCUUGUGGCAGUCACAGUAACUGCUGUGGUCUUCUUCCUCGUGGCUCUCGGCUUAGGUUUCAUCAUUCUCCGUAACAAACAGACAUCCACGGCUGCUGAUGAAGUUGUUUCAGGUGACCGGGAAGAGGAAAUCACCUAUUCGAGUGUCAGGGUGACACAAGGAAGACGGACAGCUGAACCCCGCUCCCAUCAGAGUUCUAGAUAGUCUAUUAAUUAUGUAAUAAGAGAUUAUUCUCUUUUACCCUUUAGGUAAAAAAAGAAAACAGGAAAUGAUCUAAUAUUGAGGAUAAAUGGCUUUUGUGACGGUUUGUUGUUGUAGUUAAGUGAAAUACGAUCUGGUGAUAACACAGAGUGUUUUAUUCUGAAA